CUCAGUGACUCUGCCACAGCAAUACAAGAGGUUUUCAGACUGAGCGACCGCGAACGACACGAUCUCAGACCCGCCAAUCUCAAUCGUCUGCUUUGCAAUGGCAACAAAAGAAAAAGGUAUUUCUGACUGACUAGCACUGUGUUUUAACAAAAUAAGAUUUACUUUGGAAGCAAACCUCCAGUAUCCUAUCAAGAGUUGCUGGAUAUCUUCUCAUAUUCCGUUUGCUCAGUUGUUUAUGCACCUUGGUUUUGAAAGAGACAGCACUUUCUUUUCUAUCCUCGAUUUGAGCGACUGUGAAGAUCACUCCUCUCUGCCACACAGCAGCAACACAAAGAGGCUUUCUGGGACAUGGACUGGGAGGAAGGCAGAACCAUGGAGGGACUGUCUAUAACCCACUGGGUGAACAGCCCAGUCCGCUACCAGGCCCUGUUCCAAGGAAGGGACUUGAACGACUGUGUGGAGGACCAUGACCUAUUCGCCCUGCCCGGGCCUGCCUUCCCCGACCCUGGUGUAGUGAGGCCUGGCCCUGGGGUAGUGAAGCUAGAAGGGGUCAGCGACGGUACUGCCACAUCCCAGCCCCAGAGGACUGAGCCUGUUUACCAGGUGCUUCUGGACGUGUCCCAGUUCAGACCUGAGGAUAUCAUGAUUCAGGUGUUUGAGGGAUGGCUCUUGAUCAAGGCUCAGCAUGGAGCCAGAAUGGAUGAACAUGGGUUUGUUACCCGCAGCUUCACCCGUCAGUACCCACUGCCUGAGAAACUACAGCAGGCGGGGGAUCUGAGGGCUCUGCUAUGUCAUGAUGGGAUACUGGUGGUGGAAUCCAAACAGAGAACACCUGUUAGGAUACAACACAGUGAGGAGGACCCCUAUUGAUUAUUGACUGUUGAUUAUUGACUAUUGACUGUUGAUUAUUGAUUAUUACUGUAUUGAUCAGGUAAGGAUGAGGCCAGAUCAGCUGCUACAGUACCACUAACAUGAGUGAUUGAUUGAUUCAUUGUGUCUGUUAUUUUCGUGUGAUUUUAAAUUUUCUAAUAUUUCUCUAAACAUUGUUAUUGUUACAUUUCUAUCUGAUGCUACUUUGCUAUAAAAAGCUGUUGUUGCUAACGUUAUUUAAUUAUUACAACAGCAGUAAUGAUAUAUUUAAAAUCUAUUUUCUAAAAAUCAUUUUUUUUCCCUCCUCGCUUUAAAUGUUACUCCAGCUCCUCUCACCUCAAUUAAAACAAUAUGCGUUUCAUUUGAACAAAUAUGAAGUUUAUAUUUAAUUUGGUAAAUGGACAGAGGGAAGUUCCUCUCCAGUCAUUGAAAACGUAUGAUAUCUAUGACUAGAAUGGGAAUGUUAAGCAUGAGGCUGUCACGCCCUGACCUGAGAGAGACGUUUUAUUUCUCUAUUUUGUUAGGUCAGGGUGUGGGUGGGCAUUCUAGGUGUUAUAUUUCUAUGUUGUCUUUUUCUUUGAUUGGCCUAGUAUGGUUUCCAAUCAGAGGCAGCUGUCAAUCAUUGUCUCUGAUUGGGAAUCAUACUUGGGCAGCACUUUUUUGUUCCCCCCUCCUUCAGUGUGGGAUCUUUUUUUUUUUUUUUGUACAGCUCAGUUUAGCAUGCAGAACGUGACGUUCGUUUUCUGUUGUUUAUUGUUUUGAUUUAGUGGUCUGAGUUCAAAUAAAUUUAUCAUGAGCACUCACCACGCUGCACCUCAUCACCUUAUUAUCUCCUCAUUAUUUCCUCAUUAUCUCCUUAU